AAAGAAAAACAUAUAUGGAAAUAUAUGCUAAUCAAUAAUAAGCAAUGACAAUUUAUAAAAUACAUAUGGCAAGAAUUAUCAAAUCUACUUAAUUCUUAAAAAUCUUUUAACUUUAAAAAAUUUCAGACUCCACACAAAUUCUAUUUCCAAUAGGUCUCCCUUAAUCUCGAUUUUUUUUGUGUGUCAAAGUUCAGACCAUUAAUGAAACUAAAAAGAAAACGAAAACAAAAUGAAGAAGGAAUAUAAAAUGUAGACGAAAAAGACAAGUUAAACUAAUACUAUUAUAUUGUCAUUUCUGAAGUUUCAAAAAAAUAAUAAUAAAGAAAAACAAUUUCUGAAGUUUCAAACAAAAUGAAGAAGAAAAAGACAAGUUAGUUGACAUAAAUAACAGAUGACAAGAAAAAGAUAGCAUUGAUUCGUGUAAUAGAAAAUCUUACAAGCGUUCACAUAACAAAUAAAAUUAAUAAAAAUAGAAUACCCAAAAUAUAUUAAACUCGAUCGAAAUAAGUUAAAUCUUUUUCUUAAGAAACAGAGUUGGCAACUUCGCACGAAUAUUCGGGUUCUUAAGUUAACUCAUGCAUCUAUCUUCUUUACAAGGAAACUUCCCCGUCUAUAUAGGAAUAGCUUCCCUCAGGAUAUAUUUUCAGGCAAAAUAAUCUGAGCACUCAAAAAGAAGAAUAAAAAGAUAAGAGAAGCUAAGAAAAUGGGUCCGCGUCUCGAAGGACCAAAUCUAUUUGUCCUUCUUAUUCUGGGUUUAGUUCUGAACAGUUUACUGCUGUUCUGUCAUGGUGGCAGAACAAGUAAUUAUGUCAGGAGGUUAGAGGCAACGGUUGAUAUGCCACUCGAUAGUGAUGUUUUUCGUGUUCCUCCUGGUUACAAUGCACCACAACAGGUGCAUAUAACACAAGGGGAUGUAGAAGGGAAAGCAGUGAUAGUGUCUUGGGUGACACAAGAAGCACCAGGAUCUGACACAGUUCUUUACUGGAAAGAGAACAGCUCCAAAAAGCUCAAGGCCUAUGGCAAAUCCAAGACGUACAAGUUCUACAACUAUACCUCUGGUCACAUCCAUCAUUGCACCAUUAGAAACUUGGAGUAUGACACCAAGUACUACUAUGUGGUAGGUGUGGGACAAACGGAGCGUGAGUUCUAUUUCUUCACUCCUCCUGAAGUCGGUCCUGACGUGCCCUACACGUUUGGUCUUAUUGGGGAUCUUGGGCAGAGUUUUGACUCAAACAUAACUUUAACACAUUAUGAGAAUAACCCAACGAAAGGGCAAGCAGUUUUGUUUGUUGGAGAUUUCUCAUAUGCCGACCAAUACCCAAACCACGACAACAACAGAUGGGACACUUGGGGAAGAUUUGCCGAAAGAAGCACAGCUUAUCAGCCCUGGAUUUGGACCGUUGGAAACCAUGAACUCGAUUUUGCCCCCGAGCUUGGAGAAACCAAACCAUUUAAGCCAUUCCUGAAUAGGUACCGUACUCCUUACCGAUCAUCAGGCAGCACAGAACCAUUCUGGUACUCAAUAAAGAGAGGACCGGCUUACAUAAUUGUGCUAGCUUCAUAUUCAGCAUAUGGUAAAUACACGCCACAGUUCAAAUGGCUAGAAAAGGAAUUCCCUAAAGUAAACAGAACAGAAACUCCAUGGUUGAUCGUUCUGAUGCAUUCACCGUGGUACAACAGCUACGAUUAUCAUUACAUGGAAGGUGAAACCAUGAGAGUGAUGUAUGAGCCGUGGUUCGUUAAGUACAAAGUAGAUGUUGUUUUUGCAGGUCACGUUCAUGCCUAUGAAAGAUCAGAACGUGUAUCAAACAUUGCGUACAACGUGGUUAAUGGAAUUUGCACUCCGGUUAAAGAUAAAUCUGCUCCAGUAUACAUCACCAUUGGUGAUGGAGGCAAUCUUGAAGGAUUAGCAACCAGAAUGACUGAACCUCAGCCUAAGUACUCUGCCUUCAGAGAAGCGAGCUUCGGACACGCGGUAUUAUCGAUAAAGAACAGGACUCACGCGUACUAUGGUUGGCACAGGAACCAGGAUGGCUAUGCGGUGAAGGGUGACACCAUGUGGUUCUAUAAUAGAUUCUGGCAUCCCAUUGAUGAUUCUCCUUCUGAAUGAUUCUUGAGAACCUUUGAAUACAUCACUUUUGAUGUUGCAUGUCCUUGUUUUUACAUCAAAAAUCAUUCAAACAAAGGUGUAGCAGGGUUAGAUUGUGUAAAGGAUUUGAUCACGAUCUAAAACUCGAAACAUAUGCAGAAACUAUUUAUCCGUUCUGGUUUGGAGAGUGUGACUCAAAUUCGAUUGUAAUCUUAUAAGAUUCUCUACUUAUCUCCUUCAGCUCUCUAUAAAUAAGAAGCUACUCUUGUUGUUU